CUCUUAGGCGACAGCUGAGCAUCACAAGUACUCUCUGUAUAUUUGUGAAUCUAAAGGACAAGUGUAUCUGUAUGCAAUUCUGUUUGGAUACAAGGGCAUUCUGCAAGUCCUGGCUCUGCUCCUGGCUUUCCGUACUCGCGAUGUGAAGGUGAAGGGUCUGGAUGACUCUGUGUACAUUGCUGCUUCUGUGUACGUCACAAGUAUUGUGUUGACUGUCAUCAUUGUCUCCACCUACACUGUGAGGGACUAUGUGAAUGCCUACCCAGCUGUGGUGGGAAUGGGGUUACUGCUGGGAACCACCAUGAUCCUCGGACUCGUCUUCAUACCAAGGAUGGUAGGUCUGCAUAAGGACCCCAAGGGAGAGAAAAUCAGUACACUUGGAACAUCUGGUCUGAGGGAUGAUUUAGCUUCUGACAAAUCAUCGGAUACCGAGCUAAAGAUGCUUCGUCACAGGGUUAUUCAACUUGAAAAUAGUCUCAAGAAGCAUGGUGUAGCUGAUGCUGACGUGUUGGAGGAAAAUGUGGGGCAAAGUGACACGGAGAAUACCUUAUAAAAAUUUAACGAUGAUGGAACUCCUUUUGCAUUAUAGUGUUGUAGAAACUAGUAGCUAAGCAUUGUCAAGUCAUUUAUGUCAGUACUUUUGUAUGUAUUUUCGUGUGUACUUUUACUCUAUGCCAGGGAGGAAUGUCAUAGAUAUGCAUUCAUGCACUGACUGGUUGUUAGAUACUGUUGCAUCCCUUUUACUUUAUUUAUACUUCAUUUCCUGUGUACGUAAAGAUUACUUUACCAAUAAUUGUCAAUCAAUGCUAACUUAA